AGGACAGUAUAAACAUGUGCUAGUUUUGUGCUCCAUAAAACCCUGAGACUUAGACUUUGGUACAUUCCUUUCAUGAUCACUUUAAGCGGUGCUCAGAAAGGAGGUGGAAGGGAGCAGAGGGAGGAGUUAGAAGCAGAAGCAGAAGCAAACGCAUGUUGUCUACAUCGCAGUUUGGACACUUUUGCUUCCAGCGUGGGAGAACACACAGACUUCUGACAACCAUCAUACUGUAUGCAGAAAGGAUGUGGUGGAUCCUUGCUUGCUGCACCGGUGGAGUGGCCCUUCUCUAUGCGCUGUACAGAUGGGUGAUCCCCAGUCUUGUGCAAUAUCACGGAGGCUUGGCGCUCAUUUGGCACGAUGUGAUCGUGGAACGGAUACUGGACACGCUGACCCGAUCCACACGUCCUCAGCGGCUUCUUGCUGCAGUACAGAAGAACGCUACCAGAGGGAACCCUCUCAGCGUGGUCAAAGCCAUUGAUGAGUUUUGCAGUCACAGUGAGUGGGCCAUGAACGUGGGGGAUGAGAAAGGCUGCAUCGUGGACUCAGUGGUGUCCGAUAUAAACCCGGCUUACGUGCUGGAGCUGGGCACGUACUGCGGGUACUCCACGGUGAGGAUCGCCAGCAUGCUGCAGCCUCACGCCAAGAUCUUCACGCUUGAAUUUAACCCGGAUUAUGCCGCUAUCGCUCUGCAAAUAUUUGCCUGGGCAGGUGUGGAGGACAAGGUGCAAUUAGUCAAAGGAGAUUCUGGCGAGUGGAUCCCUAAACUUAAGGAGAAGUUUGGAGUGGAAACCUUUGACUUGGUUUUCUUGGAUCACUGGAAGGAUCGUUACCUUCUUGACACCAAACUGAUAGAGGAGUGUGGUCUUCUGAGGAGAGGGAGCGUCCUGCUAGCAGACAAUGUCAUCUGUCCUGGUACUCCAGACUACCUGCAGUACGUAAGAAGUAGUCCUAAGUAUGAAAGCCGGUACUUCAGAUCUCACUUGGAAUAUACCAAAGCAGAAGAUGGCCUGGAAAAGUCGGUCUUCUUAGGGUAGUUUUUGGGUCAUUUUAAUGUGCAUUACGAAAUUACUACUUUAUCUACAAUGUAGACCAGGGGUGUCCAAACUUUAUGGCCUGGGGCCGAAUUGGGCUAAAACAUUUUGGUCGUUGGCUGUAAGCAGACGGCAUGUAAAGUACCGAUAUCUACACAUAUAUGGCCACACACACAUUCGUAUACACAAGGGGUGUCAAACGUACGACCCGAGCGCCUGAUCAGGCCCGUGAACGGGUUCUUUCCGGCCUGCGGGAUGAGUUUGUAAAAAAAUUAACCUGAAAUGUUUGAAUGAAAGAAACUGCUGUUAUAAAUGUGUCCACUAGAUGUCGCAAUAGCAAUUCUUUGUAUCUUUGUAGAUGAUACUACAUAUGUACAGAAUAAACCACAUGAUGUUAGCACAUCAGUCGAGGAAAAUAAUCAAACUACAUAAAUAAUAUGCUGUAAUUUGAUUUUUAUAUAAAUAUUUUCAUCUUAAUAGACACCAAUGAGUUGAUUGAUGAACAUUAUCACAUAAUUUAUUCAGAAAAUAUAAAUGACAAAAAAAUAAAUGAUUAACCCCCAACAGGUAACUGUGAUUGGUUGUUCGAGUCUGAUCGCUCUGCGACUCUUUGUCUUUUUCCUGCUCCUCCGACGACGAGCUGGCCCCUUCACGCCGGUAACUACUAUCCGAACGCACGCGUUUACGCCAGCGUUUCCUUCUGCGGGCGAUGGAUGUUUCGUCGGGGUUGUCCGCCGUGUCAUCCCACGUAGCGAGAGGGAUCGGGGAGGUGCACAGAUGGGCUGGGAUUUGGGACUGUGAAGAUUAAAAAAUGACCAAGGUUUUGAUCAGGAUAGUCAAAGUAGAGCUGCACGAUUCAUCAACAUUGAAUUAACAUCCAGGUUUUUAUUAGUGCCAUAAAUAACCGCAAGAGGUCGAAGUGAGCGCCUUUAUUUAACAGGAUUAACUGAACGCAGUGAGCCCUCUUUUCAUUUGAUUGAUUGAUUGAAACUUGUAUUAGUAGAUUGCACAGUACAGUACAUAUUCCGUACAAUUGACCACUAAAUGGUAACACCCCAAUAAGUUUUUCAACUUGUUUAAGUCGGGGUCCACGUCAAUCAAUUCACGGUAAAUUAACAAUCUUUGUUUCAUGAGUGGAGAGCGGGCAGCAGCUUUACACAUGCAGGAAGUAUAGACAUCUUCCUUACUUGCCAGUGAGAAGUGCCGCUCAGUAACAAAAAUUAGAAGAAAAAAUUCGAUUACAAAGCCAAAUGUCCCGUUGUGGUAAGAUUUCAGCUUCAAAUGGGAUGGGCAAUAUGAGCCCAUCAACAAAGGUGAACGAGCGAGAAUGAUGGAAAUAAAAGACGCCCAUCUCGUUUUUCACUUUAAGAUGUUCAAUAUUAAUUUAAGUUAACAUUUUUGCUGACAGGAGGCAGAGUCCAUUUAAUGUUGUUGUUUUAUUUAUUUAUGAUAACAAAGUUAUUUACCUUCCAGUUAAAGUACAAUAGUAAGCAAUUCUAAUUAGGAAAAAAAAUAAAAGUUUGCAACAUUUUAAAUGGUUGCUUACAUUACUUUUAAAUAUUAUGAUUACAUGGCAUUUUAAACAUUGUAGAGUUUUUGUGGAUUAUUUCUUCAGUUUAAAACAAUAUGCAAUAAUUUACUUAAACAAAUACUUGGCUUAAUGCACACUAACUCAGAGCUUUUGGCUACAGCACGGGUGUCAAAGUCAAGGCCUGGGGGCCACAUCUGACCCGCCACAUCAUUUAAUCUGGCCCGCAAAUACCUAUAACUGGUAUGUGUCAAUAAAGUACUUCAUAUUUUCUCACUAAAUGUCAGUGAUUUUUUUGUCAUUUUGACAGAAAAAAAAAAUAUAUAGCUUGAAAUUGCAUACCUUUUAAACUUAAAAAAAAAAAAUAACAUUAUGAUUUGUACAUUUGUGCUUGUUCUAUUCUUAAACAAAGCUAUAGAUGUGUGUGUAUAUAUGUAUAUAUAUAUAUAUAUAUAUAUAUAUAUAUAUAUAUAUAUAUAUAUAUAUUGCUUUGGUUUUUAAAAUAAAAAAUAUUAAAAUCGCCCCCACUUGCUUUGAUCUUUCAGUGUGCGGCCCUCAGUGGAAAAAGUUUGGACACCCAUGGCUUAGACAUUUUUUAUAAUGUCCACAAAGUUCAGUUCUACGAGGAAUUGAUUAACGUGGACGGUAUUUUUCUUAAACAAGUUGCAAAACUUAUUCAGGUGUUACCAUUUAGUGGUCCAUUGUACGGAAUAUGUACUGAACUGUGCAAUCUACUAAUAACAUUUUCAAUCAAUCAGUAAGCAGGUUGUGUGUUAUGCGGGACCACAUGUGUUAACUUUCUGUGUUGGUCAGAGUUUAUUUGCACCACCAGCGGUAAAGGCUACUUUUGAUUGGGUGGUAUAAAUUGAUGCUGCGCUCGUGAUGCUUCAAAGUGAUUAUCAGUCAUUGAUCAAACUUACAAACGUCGUCACCAAAAGGCGGCAUAUUAACAAUGCAUAAUUUUCAAGACCGUUAAAAGUAACACCAAGACAUUUCGAGGGCUUACCUUAUUAAACUUGGAAUGUCUUGCGGGGCAGACUGAAGAUGCCGGCGGGCCGUAGUUUGGACACCCCUGGUACAGACAGCAGAUUAUCUAAUAAACCAUUGGGGAAAAAAGCAAGAGAAAACAAAAUAAAUGCACAUUUUGGCAUCUGUGUAACAUUAUCUGGGGAACAUUCUCACAAUUUCUGAAGGGUUAAAACCAAUAAAAAUCAGUUCCCAGUGGCUUAUUUUAUUUUUUCGAAGUUUUUCACAAAAUUUUACCCAUCACGCAAUAUCCUGAAAAACGGCUUCAAAGUGCCUGAUUUUAACCGUCGCUAUAUCCACCCGUCUAUUGUCCUGUGACGUCAUUGCGUGAAGCCACCAGAAGCAAACAUGGCGGAUAGCACAGAAAGGUAUAGCAUAGUAGCUCGGAUUCAGACUCGGAUUUCAGCGACGAAAGCAAUUCAACGGAUUACGCAUGUAUUGAAACGGAUGGUUGGAGUGUGGAGGCAGAUAGCGAAAACGAAAUUGAAGAAGGAACUGAGGCUAUUGAGCCAUAUCACGACAGACGCGGGACGAGAGGAAGCGCGGGCGAAUUCGGCGAUCGCCUUCUAACCAACGAUUGGUAUGUGUUUGUUUGGCAUUAAAUGUGGGUGGAGGGAAAGGCUGGAUGCAAAUAUAGCUACAAAAGAGGCAUAAUGAUGCAAUGUGUACAUACAGCUAGCCUAAAUAGGAUAUUAGCAUCGAUUAGCUUGCAGUCAUGUCGUGACCAAAUAUGUCUGAUUAGCACACUCCACAUAAGUCAAUAACAUCAACAAAACUCACCUUUGUUGACUUUACCGUUGGAAAUGCAUCUGCUUUGAGUGUCGCAGGAUAGCCACACAUUCAUGCCAUCUCUGUCGUAGCAUAGCUGUCGUCGGUAAAGUGUGCGGAACAAACGAGGGACUUUCGCAUUUUUUAGCCAGUGGUGCAACUUGAAUCCGUCCCUGAUCGUGUUGUUACACCCUCCGACAACACACCGACGAGGCAUGAUGUCUCCAAGGUACGGGAAAACAGUCGAAAAAACGGAAAAUAACAGAGCUUGGUGCAUAAGAUUGAGAAAAUGGCGGAUUGCUUCAUGUUGUGACGUCACGGGUGAAAGGUCAUCGCUCGACAGGCUAUCAAUUGAAAGGCGUUUAAAUCGCCAAAUUCACCCUUUUAGAGUUCGGAUAUCGGUUAAAAAAACAUAUGGUCUUUUUUCUGCAACAUCAAGGUACAUAUUGACGCUUACAUAGGUCUGGUGAUAAUGUUCCCCUUUAAAGGAAACAAUGGUGAGUGAGUUAUAAUAUAUCAGUCAGAACAAUUUAAAUGUACACAUUCGGCGUUAUCCUGAAAUAUUGGCUACAAUUUUAUUGGUGUGUGUUGUUAUUGUAAACAUUCCAUAAGGUAGUGCCGUAGCUCUUUGACAGUUUUUCACUUUUUUAGAAUGUUCUCUUACCUAAAUAAAACUUUGUAUCGCGAGAGUAAUUUGAUGAUAGUGGAAAAAAGCAAACAAAAUGUAUAUAUGUACUGUAUAUAAAAAUGUGAAUACAAUAUUGUUGUACCCUUCCAAGUGUGUGUGCUCUUGAACUAUUUCAGAACAAUGAACCAGAAAAGUGAAAGGACAAACAAAACAAAAAUACAAAAUCAAUUGAAAAUUAAAGAUUUUUAAAAAGUUAA